UGGUCUUUUGAGCUGGUGGUUCUGCUAUCGGGUUUGCUUCCCAACCCAAAGCUAGAAACUUCGAUGAUAUCGAUCUCGUAAACUCCUUUCUCAUACUUGUUUCAUAACUGGCUUGAUGAAUGUUUUCAAAAUGCAAACAACAACGCUGUAAUUUUGUACUCUCGUUAUGGAAAACUAAAGACAAAAAUUAAUUAUCUUUUCUGUUUGCUAAAUCCUUCAUAUUUUUCAGCUUAAACACCGGUUCAUUAGUCUCAAUGAUCUCAUCUGGACUCAGUGGUGCAGUAAGCACAAGAGUUUCAAAUGAACUAGGAGCAGAUCAUCCUCAAGCUGCGCGUUUAGCAGUACAAGUUGUGUUUGUUUUGGCAUCCACACAGGGAAUUCUAAUAGGCACAAUCAUGAUUUUGGUACGCCAUAUUUGGGGCAGUGCUUAUAGCAAUGAGAAAGAGGUGGUGCACUAUGUAGUUGUCAUGAUGCCAAUACUUGCCAUCUCCAACUUCGUCUACGGACUUCAAUACGUUCUUUCAGGUACGGCUAGAGGAUGUGGUUGGCAAAAGAUUGGAGCUUAUGUCAAUCUGGGAUCUUAUUACCUUGUCGGAAUUCCUUGUGCCGUUCUAUUAGCUUUUGUUCUACACGUGGGAGGAAUGGUUAGAACGUUCUUCUCUAUUAUACUUGGUCAAAUUAUGAAUAUCACUUCAAUACUGAUGCCAGUUGUGUGAGGCGUUAGGUGAAACGAGGCGCCUAGGCCGGCAUGCCUAGAAAAAAAAAUACUAAUGGCUCACAUUUUGGCGCCUUAAACGUUCUAUUAGCUAUGCUCCCCCCUGCGCGACUCGUGCGCCUAGCUCGCGUUUCACAACAUUGACUGAUGGUGAUGUUUUCUUGAUGUGGAAUUGCGUAAAUAGGGACUUUGGGUUGGGAUGGUAUGAACACUUUUUGUUCAAGGCUUUUUGCUUAUUAUCAUCACUAUACGCGCGGACUGGGAGAAAGAAGAAAAACAGGCGUCAGAAAGAGUUUAUGAUGCUGCAAUUCAUGUAACUGUGGUGUCAUAAAGCACUUGAAUUUCCGGCAGUUAUUCGUGUAAAAAUUUCUUCGAUGAUUUACAUGAUAGAUUAGUACUAUCGCCUGAAAGAGAUUUAGUUCUCCGCCUCCAAGGGAUGCAAACAUAAGAUCAAUCUUGUAUUAUUUAGUAAUAAAAUUACAAUCCUCCAAGGAAUACAAAUUACAUAAAAUUGGUUAAAAAGGCCAAAAUCAACAAUUUCUGAGUGAAAAUGACAUUUAGAAAUUGAUACUGUUUAAAUGGACAAAAAUGUAAAAAUAGU